AUGCAGCUUUUUGGUAUUGCAAUCUUAAUGGCGUCAGCCCUGAUCUCGAGCAGUAAUGGUGCACCUGUGCAACUAGAAACUCGGUCGCUGGAUGUCACCGCAAAAUACGAUUGGCCAUCUGUGAGGGCCCGAUCUACAGAUAUUGCUACUGAGGCUGAAAAGCCCCAAGUUAAACCUCGAGCCCUGGAAGCCACUGGAAAAUACGACUGGCCAUCUGUGAAGGCCCGAUCUGCGGACACUAUUAGUGAGGCUGAGGACCCCCUAAUUGAAGCUCGAGCCCUAGAUGUCACUGGAAAAUACGACUGGCGGGCUGUGAGAGCCUGA